UGAAAUACUAAAUAAUGGCCAAUAAAUUAUGCAAAUUAUUGUUAUUAUUAAUAUGUUUGUUAUGCGCCCAACAAAUACCGACAGUAUAUUUGUGGUCCAAUCACGACAUAAGUUCAUUAGAGUUGUUACAAGUGGUUCACCGACACGGAGACCGAAAUCCGGAAAACUGGUUCCCGAAUGAUCCGUAUCUGAAUCUAACCAAAUACUGGCCCGAAGGUGACGGACAGUUGUCCAAAGAUGGCAAAUACCGGAUGUACCGAUUGGGCCAAACAUUACGUCGAGAGUACGGCUCAUAUCUGGGCUCUGGAUUUAGUCCGCGCGAAGUGUACGCCCGAAGUUCAGCCAAACAACGGUGUCUCGAAUCGGUGUCACUACUACUGGCCGGUGCUUAUCCACCAAACAAUACUCUCUGGCAAUGGAACCGAUCAUCAACUGAAUCACAGUUAGGUAGCGUUUGGCAACCGAUACCGAUCGACACGUUCAUACCGAUGGACGAGGACCGGGUGCUACGUCUUCGGGCCAACUGUCCCGCAGCCGAUGCAGAUCAGGCACGUGUUUUAUCCUCUGAUCCAGCCGUUCAAGCAUUUCAAAGGGAACGCCAAUUCUUGGAUCAGUUAAGCCAAUUUGUGGGCACAGAGUUUAAAACAUUGAAUAACAUCAAUGAUUUUUAUGACACCCUUUCCAUUGAGUUCAGUCACAACUAUCUGUGGUCUACACAUCAUCGCUGGUCACCUGAGUUUGAAAAGAAUGUAUUAACUCGUUUGCGACCAUUUGUUGAUCUCUAUUGGGAUCUGAGGUUUAACAGUACACUUCUACAGAGGAUACGGGGCGGUCCACUGGUCGACGAGUUGGUCAAAAAUAUACGAAAUUAUCAACAAAACCGCGAGUCUCGCAAAAUAUUUGUAUAUUCAACGCACGACACUCUGGUUGAUGUUCUGAUGCAGACAUUGGAUGUAUAUAAUCAUCUACUGGUGCCGUUUGGUUCAGCACUUUUAAUUGAGUUACAUAGAAACUUAUCUACCGGUGCUAAUACUCAACAUUUUGUUAGACUCUACUACUAUAAUGAAACACUUGAUGAUAAUAGUAGUCCAUAUUUGUUGCAUUUGCCUGAAUGCGAUGCUCGGACUGAUUGUCCAUUGGAUCGCUUUUACGAUCUGACCCGACAACUGAUUCCUGAGGACUGGCAACACGAGUGCGGUAUUCAUAUUACAGAUGACUCUUCAAGCAUGAGCUAUGCAAACAUCACUUUAUUAGUUCUCAAUGCAGUUAUGCUAAUGGCAUUGAUAGUAGUUUUAAUAUAUUUGUUUUGUUGCUCCAGGAGGCGCCCACAUUAUCAGUUAUUGAGUUAAAUCAAAUAUUUCUUAAUUUUGAUAAAUUAUAAUUUAAAAACUUGAUUAAUUAAAUUAUUACAGUUUUUAAUUUAAUAU